AUGGCGGCUUCCGCGGAGCUUGCCGCGUAUGCGUUUCACGCGGCGUCGCCGCGUCUCCGUUACAGCGGAACUGGCGCGGCGGACAACUCUAGUUUCUCCGCGUCUUCUGCGUUCGCCAUAGUCCCGUUAUCCAGCCGCGUCGCUUCCCUCCGCAUCGUUUCCCGCGCGCCAUUGCGCCGAUCCGCUCUUAGCCCGCCCACCUUUGUCGCGCGCGCUGCUUCCCGCCAACAGCCGGAAGAGCAUGUGGGGGAGAUAGCGCGCGGAGAUAUAGAGGUUAGGGGGGAGAAGGUGCGGUUAGCGGAGAGAAACGGCGGAAUGAGAGUAGAAAAUAGGAGCGCAAGCUUAAAGAACGGCGGAGAAUCGAACAGAGAGGGAAAUGAGCGACGGUUGGAGCGUGAGAAUCGGUCGGAGGAGCGCGAGAGGCGGUCCGAACAGCAGGGGAAGUUUCGUAAGGGAAUGGCAGUUACGAGGCGUCAGGUUCUCGCAACUGCCGCUGCGGCUGCUGCUGCAGGGGGGAUUGCUGAACGCGCAGCAGCAGCAGGGCUUGUGAUACCAGGAGCGAGGAGUUGGAGGGGAGGAAACGGGUUUGUGGAGGGGGAAGAGAGCGGGGGAGUGGAGGGGAAGGGGCGCGGGGGAGCGGGGACGAGUGUGGGAUCCGCGCUCGAUAGCUUAUCGGAGCGGGUGUGCACGUUCACGCUUGCGAACGGCAUGCGUUGGAUUGUAGUGGAGCGGCGGGCGGCGCCGAUUGUCUCGUGCCACACGUACGCGGACGUGGGGGCGGCAGACGAGGCGGAUGGGUGCACGGGCGUGGCGCAUCUAUUGGAACAUCUGGCGUUUAAAGGCACCCCCGUUAUAGGAACGAGAGAUGCUCAAAAGGAGGCUCGGCUACUGGAGCUUGUAGACGAGGCGUUCUACGGGCUGAAGGAGGCGAGAGAGGGAGGGGCAGCAGAGGGCACGGUCAAGCGCCUGGAGGACGAAUUUGCUCGCCUGCAGCAGCAGGCCGCGGAGCUGUCUGUGCCAAACGCGUUUGGCGCCCUGGUGUCGCGGGAAGGGGGCGUGGGGCUUAACGCGACGACCAGCCAGGACUCCACACAGUACUUUGUCUCCCUGCCAGCCAACAAGCUCGAGCUCUGGAUGGCCCUUGAGAGCGGCCGGUUCCUGGCGCCUGUGUUCCGAGAGCUGUACAGUGAGAAGGAGGUGGUGAGGGAGGAGAGGCGACUGCGCAUUGACAACACGCCCUACGGCCGCUUCACAGAAGCCUUUGCUCAGCGGGCGUUUCCCCACAGCCCCUACGGACGACCCACCAUUGGAUACCCGUCUGAUUUCGAUCGCUUAGGAAGGAAGGAGGUGGAGGCGUUCUUUCAGCAGCACUACACGCCUGACAAGCUCACAUGCGCGGUGGUGGGGGAUGUGUCAGCAGCAGAGGUGGAGCGGCUAGCAACCAAGUACUUUGCACCCUGGCAGCCCAUCACCUCUCCCUCAGAACCCAUCCUAGCCCUCCCCUUCUCCCUCGCCUCCUCCUCCUCUCCUCUCCUCCUCGCCUCGGCUUUCCCACUCCCUCUCUCCUCCUCCCCUCCUCUCUCCUCCACCACUCCCUCUCUCAACCCCAUCUCCUCCUCCUCCUCUUCCGCCUCUCGUGCCUGGCGAUCAGGGAGCAGAGAAGAGGGGUGGGAGGCGGCGAGAAUGGCUGCUGCUGCUGUGGGGGAGGAGAGGGAGAUGAGAAUGAGCGUGGGUGCCAACCCGCUGUAUUUCGAGGGCUACUUCCGCCCCUCCUCAUCCUCGGUGGACGAUCCGGUCAUCUCUGUAAUCAGCUCUCUGCUCUAUGGCUCUCGCUCCUCCCGCCUCUACAAAAACCUAGUGCUGCCAGGCAAGGCCCUCUCAGCCAGUGCCACAGAGACCUACCCCGGAGAUAAGCGCCCCAGUCUCUUCCUGCUCUCCGCCUUCCCUCCUCUCGGCGGCACAACUGAUGCAGUGGCAGCAGCACUGCAGGAGCAGCUGCAGCACAUGGCGGACACGCGCGUGCCUGAAAGCGACCUGGCUCGGGUCCGCAAGUCCCUGCGGGUCGGCUUUCUUGAGCUCCUAGGCAGCAAUUCCGGUCUGGCGCGAGUGCUGUGUGAAUACUCUACCCGGGCGGGCAGAUGGGAGGCACUAGUGGAGGAGGUGCAGAGCAUUGAGGAGGUCACUCCCAGGGACGUGCAGCAGGUGGCACGGCUGCUGUUCUCCCCUGAUAUGCGCAUCACAGCACAUGCUGUCAAUGCUUAG